AUGUCGGAGCAACCCUCCACCUACCCUAAAGAGGUUUUGGUGCACGAGUCUUCAUCGGACGGUGCAGGAUCCUCCCGCCAGGAAAUAGAACAAAACGAGAAGCUAAAAGCGCCAUGGUGGUCGUACAUCUGGGACUACGAGCCGGGGCGGUCCCACGAGGAGCGCGUCUUCAUCCAGAAACUCGACGUCUUCCUCGUCACGAUGCUCUCGUUCGGGUACUUCAUCAAGAACCUGGACCAGACCAACAUCUCGAACGCCUUCGUCAGCGGCAUGAAGGAGGACCUGGCCAUGAACGGCAACCAGAUCAACCUCGUCGACACGGCCUGGACCGUCGGCUACGUCGUCGGCCAGAUCCCCUCGCAGAUCGUCCUAACGAAAGUCCGGCCCUCGAUCUGGGUCCCCUCGUGCGAGCUCGUGUGGACGAUCCUGACCUUCUGCCUCGCCGCGGCCAAGACGUCGAACCACGCCAUCGCCAUCCGCUUCUUCGUCGGCCUCGCCGAGUCCAUCUUCUACCCGGCCGCCCACACCAUCCUCGGCUCCUGGUAUAAGCCGUCCGAGCUGGGGAAGCGCGCCUGCAUCUUCCACGCCUCCUCGGCCGCGGCCAGCAUGUUCUCGGGCUACCUCCAAGCCGGCGUGUACCGGGGCUUGAACGGCGUUAAUGGGUUUGCCGGAUGGCAGUGGCUAUUUAUUAUGGAUGGGAUUAUCAGCCUCCCGAUUUGCAUUGCGGGAUUCUUCAUAUUGCCCGAUCUCCCCGAGAACACGAGGGCGUUCUACUUGAAUGAGAACGACCGCACAAUGGCAAGGGAGCGCAUGAACAAGGUCGGGCGUGCGCCUCGCACUAGACUGGGGCGCUCUGCGAUCAAACGGAUUUUUGGCCGAUGGCAUGUUUAUCUUCUUACAAUCUUAUAUAUAAUCUUCAUCAAUAUCGGGCCGUCCUCAAGCGUCAAUCCCUUUUCCCUAUGGCUCAAAGCUAAGGGAGAGUCGGUUGAGCGAAUAAACAUCGUCCCCACAGCCUCAUAUGCUAUUCAGCUUGUCCUCACCGUCGCCUUCGCCAUCCUAUCUGACGCGAUCCGUCGCCGCGCUACCGUCAUGUCCAUAUCCACCUUCCUCGGCGGGUUCUCGGUUCUGCUUCUGGCUAUCUGGAACAUCCCCGACGGGCUGAAAUGGUUCGCCUUCCUGAUACAGAAGGCCUCGGUGCCGUACGGGCCGCUCAGCAUGAGCUGGGCGAACGAGAUAUGCGGCUCGGAUGCCGAAGAGCGGGCGAUCGUCAUCGGAAUCAUGAACGCUAUGGGCUACGCGUUCAACGCCUGGGUGCCGUUGCUCACGUAUCCGCAGGUGGAUUCGCCGAUGUUCAGGAAGGGGUUUAUCUUCUCGACAGUCGCGUUCGGAGCUCAGGCGAUUAUCACGGCAGUGGUGGCGUUCAUGUAUAAGAGGGAUCAGAGAAAAGGGAAAGUCCAUAGCAAUGAUGCGCCUGAAAUCGGGGACGAAGCCGGUGUCAUCGCGCCUUGA